UAUAAUCUGCAACGAUGCAUUGCUAUAUUCCUAUUGCGUUUUGCCUGUUCGCUCUUUUGGAUUUGACAAACGGGGUGAACGAAAAGGAAAGUUCUACCUAUUGUGGACCCUAUGGUGUGUGCUGGGAUAAAAGAUUUAAUAUGUGGCCCAAGGGAAAGUAAAGAAAAAAGCUUGUGACUUGUAAUUAUGAUACCAGAAAAAGAUAAAAAGUGACUUUCGAUAAUAAAGUUGGUUGUACGUAGGUUUAAUACUUAAAAGGUAUGAUACAAGCUUUAAAGUAAAUAACAUUACUUGUUCGAAAUAGGUUAUUUCUUAUUAUUCCUCAG